AGUCAGAGACGCAUCAGGGGGUCAAUGUGGAUCAUAGCCCUUUGAUCUCAAUGGAAGGCAUAGGCAGUGGCAAAGGGAAAGAACGUUUGGAUGUUAUGCUUCAGGAGCUAGGCCAAUGCUCCCGUGGCACAAAUGCGAUGGCCGGUGGCGAGUUAUGUUGCGCCAUGUGCAUGGAGACGGUGCAGGUCAGAGAGGUCUUCCCUGUUCCGGGGUGCACACACCUCUUCUGCAUCAGCUGUCUGAGCCAGUACAUCACUGCGAAGGUUGAAGAUAACGUGGUGUCCAUAGGCUGCCCUCAACCAGGAUGUAAGGAUGGUACACUGUAUCCAGAGGCUUGCCAAGAUGUGAUCCCACUGCAGCUGUUCUAGAGGUGGGGUGUUGCACUCUGUAACUUGGCGCUGGGGGAAUUCAUGUUCUACUGCCCCUUCAAGGACUGCUCGGCGCUACUGGUCGAUGAACGUGGACAAUGUGAGGCAGAAAUAAGGAAAGCUGAGUGCCCAUGCUGCUCCAGGAUGUUCUGUGUGCAGUGCAAGGUGGCAUGGCACUACAACAUCACCUGUGAAGAUUUCCGGAGGCUCGGGAAUGAUGAGGGGAGACUAGAUGACUUGCUACUGAGGAAGGUCAGGCAGGAGAGCAUGGCGCAACCUGAUCCUGUGGGCUCCUGUCAAUCUUUGCAAAAGUUAGAGACACAUCAAGGGAUUAAUGUGGGUCAUACUACCUUAAUCUCAAUCGGAGACAUGGACAACUGCAAGGGGAAAAAGCCAUUUGUUGCUAUGCUUCAGGAGCUGGACCAAUGCUCUCAGGGUGCCAAUGUGAUGGCCCGCAGCGAGUUCUACUGCACCAUAUGCAUGGAGACAGUAGACCUCAAAGACCUCUUUCCCAUUACUGGGUGCACACACCUUUUCUGUGUUGGUUGCAUGAACCAGUACAUCACUACGAAGGUUGAGGAUAAUGUGUUCUCCAUUGGAUGCCCAGAACCGGGGUGCAAGGAUGGUUUACUGGACCCAGAGGCGUGCCGUGACAUUAUCCCACUGCAGCUAUUCCAUAGGUGGGGCACUGCGCUCUGUGACUCGGCACUGGGGGCAUUCAAGUUCUACUGCCCCUUCAUGGACUGCUCUGUGCUGUUGUUCAACGAAUGUGGCCCUCGCGAUGCAGCAAUAAGGAAAGCUGAGUGCCCACACUGCUCCCGGAUGUUUUGUGCACGGUGCAAGGUGGCAUGGCACCACGGUGUCACAUGUGAAGAUUUCCAGCGGCUUAGGAAUGAUGAACAGGGGCAAGAUGACCUGCCGCUGAAGAAGGCUGUGCGGAAGAAUAAGUGGGAGAGGUGCCUCCGGCGUGUUGUGUCUACUUAUAAAUCAUUGUGCAAGUCAAAGGCAAAUCCGAACAUCGAUGUGAGUCAUAGUACCUUGAUCUCAACUGAAGACAUGGAUAGUCGAAAAGGGAAAGAGCCAUUGGAUGAUAUGCUUAUGGAGCUAGGCCAAAGCUUUCCUGGUGUGAAUGCGAUGGCCAGCAGUGAGUUCUACUGCACCAUAUGUAUGGAGGCAGUGCACGUAAGGGAGCUCUUUCCUAUUUCUGGGUGCAAACAUCUCUUCUGCAUCAGCUGCGUGAGCCAGUACAUUACCGCCAAAGUAGAGGAUAACGUGUUGUCCAUUGGCUGCCCUGACCCAGGAUGCAAAUAUGGUGCAUUAGACCCGGAGGCGUGCCGUGACGUGAUCCCGCCGCAGCUGUUCCAGAGGUGGGGCGCUGCGCUUUGUGACUCAGCGCUGGGAUCAUUCAAGUUCUAUUGUCCCUUCAACGACUGCUCGGCGUUGCUUGUUCAUGAGCAUGGCCACGGUGAGGCAGCGAUAACAAAAGCUAUGUGCCCACACUGCCGCCGCUUGUUCUGUGCACAAUGCAAGGUGGCAUGGCAUGACAACAUCGCCUGCACAGAGUUCCAACGGCUUGGGAAGGACGAGCGGGGCAAGAAUGACCUGCUGCUGAGGAAGGUCGCACGGGAGAGCAGGUGGCAGAGGUGCCCCAAGUGCAAGAUGUACGUGGAGAGGGCCGAGGGCUGCGUGUACAUCGUCUGCAGGUGCCAGCAUCGUUUCUGCUACCUCUGUGCCUCCCCAAUGUCCAAGGGCAUACAUCACUGCAGCAGGUGCAAGAGGACCUGGUGAAUGACCUGAAGCUGCAAAACUCUGCGUGAGGGAAGGAAGUUUCUGAACUCUCUGUAAAACCAUUCAGUUGCUGGUAUGACUGCUUUGGUUAGAAUUAGCUUGGUCAAUCGUGAUUGGCCAAAUCAUUAUCAUAAAGUAUACAUUGUUUAGGAAAAAGACGUGGCAGGAACGAGACUUAAGUUAGCCUAAGAGACUUAUGAUAGAGAGCUGGUGACUUUCUUAAGAAAAAAAAUGCAUAAGGUGCUACCUUAGAAUGGAACUCAAUGUGUCCCUUUAUGGCAUUACUGAGCAUGCAAAUGGAAUAUAUGUCGUAUGAACUACCUAUGGUACUACUA